GGGACUUACAGGAGGGGAGUCGGGCGAGCUGCAAAGUCGUGGAGCCUCCAGAGGCUGGAGCAGCAGUAGCAGCGGCGGCGGCGGCGGCGGCGGCAGCCGAGCAGCCCGGCGGCAUCCGCAGCGUCCGAGCCCCGCGCUCCGCACCGCGAGGCGGGCCACGAGAGGCGCGCCCCCCGCCCCGCCGUCCGGGCUCGGAGCCCCCAGCGCUCCGCACCUCCGCGAGGCGCGCAGCAGCAACAGCCCCGGCAGCGGCGGGCUCCCGCCGGCCGUCCAGCCGUCCGGCCGUCCAGCGGUCCGGCCGCCCGUCCGAGCCCGGGAGCAGCCCGGCCGCCGCCGCCGCCGCCGACCAUGGAGCACCAGCUGCUGUGCUGCGAGGUGGAGACCAUUCGCCGGGCGUACCUCGAUACCAACCUCCUGAAUGACCGGGCGCUGCAGACCAUGCUCAAAGCCGAGGAGACGUGCUCGCCCUCCGUCUCGUACUUCAAGUGCGUGCAGAAGGACAUUCUCCCCUACAUGCGCAAGAUCGUGGCCACCUGGAUGCUCGAGGUGUGCGAGGAGCAAAAAUGCGAAGAGGAAGUCUUCCCCCUGGCUAUGAACUAUCUGGACCGGUUCCUGUCCCUGGAGCCGCUGAAGAAGAGUCGGCUGCAGCUGCUGGGGGCCACCUGCAUGUUCGUGGCGUCCAAGAUGAAGGAAACCAUCCCCCUGACGGCGGAGAAGCUGUGUAUCUACACGGACCACUCGGUGCGGCCCGAGGAGCUGCUGCACAUGGAGCUGCUCCUGGUGAACAAACUCAAGUGGCACCUGGCUGCCAUGACCCCUCACGACUUCAUUGAACACUUCCUGUCCAAGAUGCCCGUGCUGGAGGAGAACAAGCAGAUAAUCCGCAAACACGCCCAGACCUUUGUGGCUCUCUGUGCUACAGAUGUGAAAUUCAUUUCCAACCCGCCUUCCAUGAUUGCUGCGGGGAGUGUGGUGGCCGCUGUCCAGGGCCUGCACUUGGGAAGCACCAACUCCUUCCUCACCUAUCAGCGCCUCACCAGAUUCCUGUCUCAAGUUAUUAAGUGUGACCCAGACUGCUUGCGAGCCUGCCAGGAGCAGAUCGAGGCUCUCCUAGAGUCUAGCCUUCGCCAGGCCCAGCAGCACAGCUCAUCCUCGGUCCCCAAGAACAUGGAGGAGGAGGGAGAUCUGUCCUACACGCCCACUGACGUGCGAGACGUGAACAUUUGAGGGGCCGGCCGUCUGCUGGGGGGUCGCUGAGUCUGGAGGCAAACAGAGGGCACCUGGGGAAGGAGGCGGCCGAGGCGCCGCCGUGUCAGAACCCACCCCCCACCCCGACUCCCCAACGUUAACCUUCUCCUGGACACUGUUCUACAGAAACGGGCCCCCCAUUCUCCCCGAUACUGUCCUCUCUCUCGCUCUCUUCCCCUCCAUCCACAACUCGCAGAAACCAUCCCAAAAACGGUCUCAGAAAAACAAAGAGGGAAGAAAGGAGUGGUGCGGCCUCGGGGAAGGGGCUUCGCGCCGCGCAUAGAUGCUUUUAAACUCUAAUAAUCAACUAGUUUUUAUAUUAA